ACGACAUAAAGCAUUAACCAGCAAGCAGAAGUUUCUCACUCGAGGGACGAGCCUCUGAAGACCGCCAAGAUGAAAGUCAAGGACAUGGCAUUCAAGGUAGGGCAGGAGUUUAAAGUCCGAGUCAAACCCAACGAUGACUGCGCCAGCUUUGCACUCAACAUCGGUCACGAUCCCGAGAACAUCGCGAUGCACUUCAACCCCCGCUUCGACGCCGGGGGAGACCAGAACACCAUCGUCUGCAAUUCCAGGUCCGGGGGGAGCUGGGGCGAAGAGGAACGAGACAUGAACUUCCCCUUUGUGCGUGGAGAGGAGUGCAAGUUUUACAUCAACUUCAACAUGGAGCAGUUUUACGUCAAACUUCCCGACGGCAGCAUGAUGAACUUCCCCAACCGUCUGGGAGACGUCAAGUACAAGUUCUUCGACGUCAGUGGCGACGCAAGGAUCGUGGGGAUGAAGAUCCAGUAGAGGAUGAACUCCUCUCAACAUCUUCUGAUCUGCCGGUUGGAGAAAUGGUCCGUUUCAGAGAACCCUGAGCCCGGCCAGUGUUCCGAUUGCUUGCUGAGAAACAACUGUGUUGCAAUGAUGAGAAAAGGUCUGCAGAUGGCGCCAGAUCAUAUCUUAUUUCUCCGCUUUCGCCCUGAUGGCUCGUCAGUAAAUCGCCUGGUUUCUUCAAUAAAAGCUGAAAAAGGACAA